CUCGCGUGACGGCGGCGGCGGCGGGAGUCAGUCGGCGCGAGGAGGGAGGCCGAGCCCGCGCCCGCGCCCGCGCCCAGCCAGCCGCAGGGGGAGAGGCGGCCCGGCCCGGCCCGGCUCCGCUCCACCAUGAGCAUCGAGAUCCCGCCGGGCCUGACCGAGCUGCUGCAGGGCUACACGGUGGAAGUGCUGCGGCACCGGCCGCCCGACCUGCUCGGCUUCGCCGCCGACUACUUCAGCCGCCUGAGGGAUGCCCGCGACCAGCAGCAGGCCGCGGCCGCCGGCCGCAAGGGCGUCAACUUCGACGGGGAGCCCAUGCAGACCGAGUCCAACGGCGAGGGCGAGCCCGAGCGCGGCGCCGACUCCGACUCCGACGACUCCGACUUCGAGCCUCCAGUCAUCAACAGAUUCAACAGAAGAGUAUCAGUUUGUGCCGAAGCUUUCAAUCCAGAUGAAGAAGAGGAAGAUACAGAACCGAGGGUAGUUCAUCCAAAAACUGAUGAGCAGAGAUGCAGACUUCAGGAAGCAUGUAAAGAUAUCCUUCUCUUCAAAAACCUAGAUCAGGAGCAGCUGUCUCAGGUUCUCGAUGCCAUGUUUGAGAGAAAGGUGAAACCUCAGGAACACGUGAUUGACCAAGGGGACGAUGGAGACAACUUCUAUGUCAUUGAACGAGGAUUGUACGAUAUUUUUGUAACAAGAGAUAACCAGAGUCGCUGUGUUGGCCGUUAUGAUAAUCACGGCAGUUUUGGGGAAUUGGCCUUGAUGUACAACACUCCUAGAGCUGCUACCAUUGUUGCCACAACCGAAGGAUCUCUUUGGGGGCUGGAUCGAGUGACAUUUAGAAGGAUUAUAUUGAAAAACAAUGCAAAGAAGAGGAAGACAUAUGAAUUAUUUAUUGAGUCCGUGCCCCUUCUUAAAUCACUGGAGGUUUCAGAGCGUAUGAAGAUAGCCGAUGUGAUAGGGGAAAAGAUUUAUCAAGAUGGAGAUCGCAUCAUUUCUCAGGGUGAUAAAGCAGACAGCUUUUACAUCGUAGAAUCUGGUGAAGUCAAAAUCUUGAUUAAGAGCAAGACAAUGACAAGUAAAGAUGCUAACCAGGAAGUGGAGAUUGCCCGGUGUCACAAGGGACAGUAUUUUGGAGAGCUUGCGCUUGUUACCAACAAACCCAGAGCAGCCUCUGCCUAUGCUGUUGGGGAGGUCAAGUGUUUAGUCAUGGACGUGCAAGCAUUUGAGAGGUUGCUCGGGCCCUGCAUGGACAUUAUGAAGAGGAAUAUAACACAUUAUGAGGAGCAGCUGGUGGCGCUGUUUGGCUCCAGCAUGGACCUGAUGGAUCCAGGGAAUUAGGCACAGGGCGCCUUCAAUGCCUUCUCAGUUCAAGACACAGAAAAGCCUCCUUUCAGCAACACAACACACAAGGAAAAAUGGACACUAUGGAACAGUUACUGCUGCUGUCUUCUUGGGCAUUUUAGAACCAUAAAUUAAGUCUCAGCACAGAUGGAUGGGUAGAGGCUUGCUCCAUGCCUCCACUUUGCUGCUGAAAUGUCAUUAUUAGGCCUAGUUUAAAGAUGAUUCUAACCCUUUAUUCACUUGCUUGGCUCAGAGUGGCGUGUCUCUCCAGCAAUAAGUGCCUGAUACGAAACCCAAAGUGUAAAGAUACGGAGCCCUCUCUUUCCUUCUUGUCUCAUAGUGAUAAGUUUGCAGAGUGUGGUCUGUAACGGCAGGCUGCUUACCCUCUACGGCGGGCGCUGCCUUCCUGUUACAGGCUUUUGCUAUCUUCCUUUGACACUUCCCUGACAGAGCGGCACGAAUCUGGUUGCAAUUGCUGCACUUGGGUUUGAGGUUGACAGUAUCAAGGGGGCUGAACUAUGUCAGAGCCAUUGAUUAAGUUGGCACAGAGGUGCUGCGCCACUGUCUGGAAGCUGCAAGUACGGCAGUUCUCUAGUGCAGCUGAGUGAGUGGGGACAGGCAUGUCCCGAGUAGCACAGAGAACGGCUCUGUUUCUUUGCGCUGCCGGAGCCCACGGGGUUUGGCUUGUGCAGUAAGAGAUGGAGUGGCCUGAAGAGGCUGUAGCUGUAUCAUCCCCCAGAUCUGCUCGUCUCCUCAACUGGGCAGGUUUUACGAUUGAGGUAUUGCAACAUAUGACCCUCUCUCUUAGAGAGAUCCUCUGUACUGCUAGACUUCACGCGGCACUGCUGUUGUCUGGGUCAGUUUUAAAACUUUUUAAGGAGGCAAUUUUUUGUAAUUUAAAGGAAGAAUAUUUAUGUACUUACAUGAGCUCCCCUUAGUCCUAAUAUUUUACGGUAAUCUAACUGGAUUAGACACAAAGAUGCUUCCAAAUGCCACGUCUUCUUGUUAAACCUUUCAAGAGUUAGCAGUGUUUGACUUCGUGAAGCCAACACCUUUGCUAACAAAGCAGCCGGUAUAUUUGGGAGAUCUUUUGGUUUAGGUAAUAAUUCAGCUAAUGGUAGUUAUCUAAAAUACCUGUUUAAAUUGCAGCAUCUAUUAGAUAGACUUCUUCUUCUGCCGAGACUUUAUCAGAGUAUUAUCUAAAUGAGAAUCAGACAUCAAGAGGGACCUUUUUAUGGCAAAACCCAGAAUCUUUCUACAACACUGACUUUUCAGGUAAUAAUAACUCUAAUGAGCCUUUCCAUCCUCGGUCUCUACAGCUCGUGCAGAGCUUUUAAUGUUAGACUCCAGCAGAACAGGACCUGCCCUUCACUCCUUGUGGCCAUGUGGGCAAAGAGAGAGGAUGUUAAAGGUCUGGAUUCCUGCUUCUCAUUGGCAUGAUGGAUCUGCUCCACUACAGUGGAAGAUGCAGAGCUACAGCUGUGGGGAAGCACUGCUGGCUGGACACUAGCUCAGUUGGCUGCAGAUCCUGCCUUCUUCCCCCCACCUACCCAUGCUGUUUAUUAGAAUGGAGCCGCUCUGGGUUGAAUGCUGUCGUUCAGUGACAGUAGUUGGCUUGCAUGGCAUGUGUCCAAGUGAUGCAAAUGGUUUGUAAUGGAAAGGGCAGAACCAGUUGCCAUGUCCUUACUACCCUGAUCAAGCUGUCCAGCAGCUCUUCGGACUGCAGCCAUUCUGGAAUGGUGUAUGUUCCCUGUUUUGCCAUGUGGGUUCUGUUUUGCAUUAAACUACAGCCAAAGAAGCAGCUGGAAUUUCAUUCAUGCUUCCAAGGUGACACACCAAAGACAUGAGCUUUCAUUAGAGCUAUGAGCAGGGGAAGGGCAGCGCCAGGGAGCUUGGAAUUGGGCAGUGGAGCUGACAGCUGGAGCCCACCCAGAUAAGCCGACACAAAGCAGUCUUUGCACCAGGCUGAGCUCCAGCGUGCUGUGCUGUCACACAAGGAUGUGUGCCAUCAGCCACUCUGCUCCCUCAUGCUCCUUCCUUCUCUUCACUGCAGCCAGCAAGGGGGCUGCUGUGAAUUCAGUUGAACUCUGCCGUCUCAACCAUCACUUCUCUACAUCACAGACCUGGCCUCUAUAUGUUGUUCUGAGGCCUGGUCCAAGGAAAGCAAGGCCUGCUGGCUUCCUUGGCUCGGGUCUGAAGGAUUCAGUGGCUUCAGAAGGCAGAGGAAGGGAAUGGAGAUAGGGAUGUCUUGAGGUCACAGCAGUGGGGAACCAGCCUGCCGUUUUCCCAUCUUGGGCUCCUGGCAUUCAGCACUGCAGCGCUGUGUCCCAUGGCUGUCCUUGGGCAGUGCCACGUCCCACCCAGCUCUGAGGCGUGUAUGGUGCAGGGAGACAAGAAGCCUCUCAGGGGGACUGCUGAUUCUGGAGGUCUCAUCUGGAAGGUGGUGGACCAGGCCAGACUGGUUUAUCUUCUGUGGCAUAGGAGGGUGUCCUUUGAGAGGGUUGGUUACAUGUCAGCCUCUUUGGCUAGCCAGCUAGAGCACCGAGCGAAGCUGGGGAGAGUGCUUGUGAGUGGUGACGUAGAUAAGAACCAGCGUGGAGAUGGUGGCUCGUAGGCAUUCGACAGCAUCGGAGCCUCCCAUCUUAUUCCAGCCACCUUCUGUCACGUUUGUUCAAAUGUCUCUGCGUACACAUGCAAGUUCCCUGUCGGUACGGCUUUGUUCAGUGGAGUGGAGCUGCCAGAAAUUCUCGGAAAGUGGCAGAGGAGAGCUCUAGUUUAAUAAGAGCACUCAGCAGCAAAGUGGGUAAAGAGGAAGGUGUCUUUGAGACCCGAAGAAGUAUCUUUAAUUUCUGAUUCCCUGCUUGUGAUUGUUGUGAAGUCAGUGAGAGGAGCUUUUGGUAGUCAACAGUGUCCUGGCAUAUUACGGUAUCUCUGUUCACCAUCACAGCACAGAUUUCACAGUGUACAAAAAAGGCUGUCUCUUUUUAAAAAAAAAAAUCAACAAAAAUAAAAAAAAACAAAGUGCAUUUUUGCACGGAGGAAAACACGAAACCCCUUUGAAUGUCCCCAUCUGUUCUUUUCCAGUUAGCUAAAGAAUGGGAGUUUGUUUUCAAAAUGUAUUUGUAAACCGGUCUUGCCAAAAUACAAAUGUUUUGGUUUUUUCACUCCAGUCACUUCCUGUUGUUACAAUUAUUGCUACUGCUGGCUCCAGUUCUUUCAACCGUGUUUUCUUUCAAGAGGCCUUCUCCUGCCAGGCUGCAGCACUAGGCCUGCAUUUGAAGUUGCAAGAGAAGGUCGCUACCCUCCGAGGAGAAUUACUGAAGUCCGCCUCGUCUGACUGGAGCACUGACGCGCUACUAGUGUUUUCCUUCGCUCAGAAAAAAAAGAAACCGAAUUCUACCAAAAGAUGCUACCUCAAGGCUCCAAGUGCUUGCCAAGGUCUGUCAGCUGGGAGAAGUCCACGAGUCAGCCCUGACCACCGGGCUGUGGCUUCGAGGUAACUGUCUUGACGGAUUCAUUGGGGGACCCUUCUUUUAAUGCAUCUGCCAUGAAGUAUUUGAUUCUCAAGGGACGCCUGGUUGUGGAGAGCUCAGUCCUCGCCCUGCGGUGCUGAGCGAGCGGGGAGAGUGACACCUGCCCAGGCCAACGAGCUGGGGGCAGCUUCGCUGGUGGUUAAUAAAGAGCUGACGUUGUGUCCAGCCUUCCUGGC